AUGACGAUAGAAGCAGAGGUUGGAGUGAUGCCGUUGUUGGCUUUGAAGGAAGUAAUAAACGUGUCACCUGGCUACCGCUUCGUUCAGAACAGGGAGCAGAUUUCCGUCACCUUGGGAGAUGAGAUGUCUGAUAGGAAAAAGCAUUCGGAAUCAGAGAACAUGGGCAAAGUCAGGAUUUCCAGGACUGCUAUCAUUACUGACCUAGAAGAACAGAUCUCAGAGCUGACAGCGAUAAUAGAGCAAAUGAACAGAGACCAUUGUUCUGCCCAGACACUGCCCUCCAACGAAAUGGAUCUCCGCUGUGCUGAGAUGCAGAAGAACUUUGAAAGCAAGAGGAGGUAUCUCGAGGAGACUCCCGCAGCACAGCUCAGUGAGCUGGAGAAAAACUACAAAGCAGCCUUGAAGGCAGAGAAGUUGGCUGCCCAGGAUAAACUAGGUACGGAGCUCUUAAAACAACACCAAAGGUACACCUUGCAAUUAGAGGAGCUGAGAAAGACCAAAGAGGUCAUAGAGGAAGAGUUGCAUGCUCAAGCUCUUAUCCUAGGAUCACUGAACACAACCCUCUACCAAACCCAGAUGGAACUCCAGAGAGAGAAAGCUACGGCGGCAAAUCUGGAGAAAACACUCCAGACCAAGCUUGCUGAAGCUGAAGAAAAUUUUAAAUAUACCAUACAGCACCUGACAGAAGAAAACAUUCAUCUAAGGUAUGAAUGAUGCUGCUCAAAAAGACGUGGCUGAGUUAUCUUUAGAAAGUGGAAGGGAUGGGAAUUCCCUGGCGAUCUAGUGGUUAGGACUCUGCACUUCUGCAGGGGCCCUGGGUUCGAUCCCUGGUCGGGGAACUAAGACCCUGAAAGCUGUGUGGCAUUGGGUGAGGAAUGGGUGAAAAUGAAUCUAGGUAUCCCCUCAUGAAAUCAAAGCACAGGCAGUGUCAGGAGGGGGAUAUGCUGGCCACAGAAGUUAUCUACUGAGGUAAUUUCAUUUGAAGUGAUGCUAGGAGACUCCUCUCCCUUUCCUAUCUUAGUUUUUUAUGCAAAACAACACAGGAGGUUUAUCUGAGAGUCUCCGGGUUUAUUCAGUUUUAUGACUGAGAAUUAUUGUUAAAUCCAAGGCCUUGAGACUUGUGAUCUUCUAUUAUAG